AUGAUCUUGGCAGAAAAUAUUGGCCCUAAACAAGAAAGCUCCAUCUGUAGAGGAGAAGGAGUAACACCAUCAUGGAACCAGCCAAUAACUCGCUAGCAUCUCCAACGACCUUCUUCCUGAUGGGCAUCCCAGGAUUAGAGCACAUGCACAUCUGGAUCGGGAUUCCAUUCUGCUCCAUGUACGUGGUGGCUGUGGUGGGGAACUUGACCAUCCUGGCUGUGGUGAGAGCAGAAAGAAGCCUCCACGAACCCAUGUUCCUCUUUCUGUGCAUGCUGUCACUCACUGACCUGGUCCUCUCCACAUCUACGCUGCCACGCAUGCUCUGUCUCUUCUGGCUCGGGGCCCAUGACAUUGCCUUUGAUGCCUGCCUGGCUCAAAUGUUCUUCAUCCACAGCUUUACUGCCAUGGAAUCGGGCUUCUUCUUGGCCAUGGCCAUCGAUCGCUAUGUGGCCAUCUGUGAGCCACUGUGUCAUGCCGUGAUUCUCACCCACAGCCGUCUUGCCAAAGUGGGAGCUGCUGUGGUAUUGCGGGGAGUGGCCUUCUUUACGCCACACCCCAUCCUACUCAAGCAACUGCCCUACUGCAGAACUCGCAUCAUUGCUCACACCUACUGUGAGUUCAUGGCUGUGGUGAAGCUGGCUUGUGUAGACACAACAGUAACCACGCGUUACAGCCUCAGUGUGGCCUCUGUCAUUGGUUCUAGUGACGGCUUUUUCAUUGCACUGUCUUAUGUUCUUAUCCUCCGUGCAGUCUUUCGUCUCCCAUCACGAGAAGCAAGUCUGAAAGCACUAGGGACAUGUGGCUCCCAUGUCUGUGUCAUCCUCAUUUUCUAUUCCACAGCCGUUUUUACCUUCCUGACCCAUCGCUUUGGCCACAGCGUCGCACCUCAAGUUCAUAUCUUCAUUGCCAACAUGUACCUUCUGGUACCACCUUUUCUGAAUCCCAUUGUUUAUGGCAUGAGAACAAAGAAGAUUCGAGACCGUGUUCUUGGUUUUAUAAGGGUAAAACCUUAUGACUUAUGA